CGGAGCGUGCGGCCAGCGCGGGCCGGGGGCUGGGGCGCGGGCGGGCGCGGGCGGCGGGCGGCGCGCAGGGCCAGAGACGCGGGUCACCCGGCAGGAGCGCCAUGGGCGAGGGCGGCCGCGUGUGCUCGGGCUACUACAGCCUCAACCACAGCUUCGUGGAGCCCUUCGCGUGCCCGCGGCUCGGCGACGGCGCCUCGCUAGUCUACUGCUGCGGCUUCGCCGACCUCAAGUACUGCUGCAGCGAGCCGGGCAGCUACUUCCCCUACAAGCACAGCUACAUGUGGAGCCUCAGCAUCGGUGCCCUAAUUGGACUGGGAAUUGCUGCCCUUGUUUUACUUGCAUUUGUCAUCAGCGUCUGUGUUCUUUGCUAUUUAUUUCUGUACACAAAGCCUCAAAGACUAGACAAUGGCCUUAAACUUCAGCAUCUAGCAGCUUCUUCUACUCUAGAAGCCCCAAUUCAGUCCCCUGCACUGCAUUUGGUACCCCCAGCACUGCCUGGAGUGAUUCCUGAGCAGAGAUCCAGGAGCAAGCUCUGAGCACAACCAGGCGACUCAGAAAAAAAUCAAAGUCCCUAAUUCAAAUGCAGCAUCAAAUUCAACAAAGGAAGUAUUUUAUAAUGCUGUUCAUAAAAUUCAAGAAAAAACAAUGGAUAACACAACACAAAUCAGCAUUACUUGCUAAGUGAAAAUUCUGUGUUGUAAAAGCUCACUGGAAGAUGAUGUAGUACAAAUAAAGAAUGCAUCUCAAAUACCAUUUGUCAUCAUUAUUUUGGAAAAAUUUAUCACUCAGAAAAACAUUUGAUUG